UUAAAACACUCGGAGGGAUUAAACUGAGUUGAAAGAAAAGCGGUGCAGCGGAGCGCGCACGUGCAGGAUGAGCGUGUUCUUUGCACCGGGGAGAGCGGAGCAGUGCGCGUGAGGACAUGGCGAACGGCGGGGACCAGCUCGGUCUUCCAGGGCGUCCUGACGCAGACUGCAUGGAUUCUACAAAAGACAGCAAACAGGAGACUCGAACCUACAACUUAAACUCACCAUCGCCGCAGACAGCGUCAACUCAACAGGGAAUGGAUGGAAUCAAAGUUUUCCUUCAUGACCGCGAACUUUGGACAAGGUUUGAUGAAGUGGGAACAGAAAUGAUCAUCACGAAGGCUGGACGGAGGAUGUUCCCGAGUUACAAGGUGAAGGUCACGGGACUCAACCCAAAGACGAAAUACAUCCUCCUCAUGGACGUCGUGCCCGGGGAUGACCACCGCUACAAAUUCGCAGACAAUAAAUGGUCGGUAACGGGAAAAGCAGAACCAGCGAUGCCCGGGAGGCUUUACGUCCAUCCGGACUCUCCAGCUACCGGAGCGCACUGGAGCCGCCAACUGGUGUCGUUUCAGAAACUCAAACUGACGAACAACCACCUGGACCCCUUUGGACACAUAAUCCUCAACUCCAUGCACAAAUACCAGCCUCGUCUCCACAUUGUCAAGGCGGACGAGAACAACGGCUUUGGGUCGAAAAACACCGCCUUCUGCACACACGUGUUCUCUGAGACCGCCUUCAUUGCUGUAACAUCCUACCAGAAUCACAAGAUUACUCAGUUGAAGAUAGAGAACAAUCCUUUUGCAAAAGGUUUCCGAGGCAGUGAUGACAAUGAGCUGCACCGCAUGGCCAAACUACAAAGUAAGGACUACCCAGUGGUUCCUCGCAGCACCGUCCGUCACAGAGUGUGCUCUAGUGGGAGUCCCUUCAGGGAGGGUCGGGGUCUACGUGGUUCCCCCGAGGUUGCCAGAUCGCCCUACGCCUGUGACAGCAUUUUGAACGGCAGCAGUCCUCAGGAACUGCCAGGAGCUCCUGCCGCUCACUGCGCACCUCCUCAUCCUCACCUGCUGCACGGCCAGCGGCCUCAGGCCUACCACUGCACCAAGAGGAAAGCGGAGGAGAACUGUUCUUCAGGAAGCCGCCAGCAUCAGUACAAGAAACACUUUACUUCCAGCGAGGGCGAGUUGUACUAUCACCCCUCCUCAUACCCUCCUCCUCCACCACCUGGACUAUCAACCAACCCUGGGUUGGGUGUCACUGACGCCCCCUACAGCUCAAACAUGGGACAGCGUCAGGCAUGCAUGUUUGCUGGCUCAGAUCCCAGACUGAAUGAACUCAGCUGUACUUCCUGGUCUUACACCCGCCCGCUCUCCUCUGCCAUGACCCCUGUGGAGACAUACCCACCUUAUACGUCACAUCCUCCCUACAGCUCCAGCCCUCAGGGCUCUCGGCUCAGCGCUUUAGCCCACCAGAGUUCUCCACCGCUGGCGGAUCCCAUAGCUCACAGUCCUUACCAGAGCCAGAGCUGUGGGCCUCCAGCUGAGAGCUCCCAAAAUAUUCACAGCAGGCAGCUCAGCCCCCAUCACAGAGAGUAUCCACGUUACACCCCGAACCUGUCCCCUCCUCUGUACCACACACUAGAGACACAUGCACACAUCAGAUGUGGGGUUCCAGAAUGGAGUGCAGUGUCGUAAUACAACUUGCAAGACUGAUCAUUGGACACCGGUUCCUCGUCGGAUGCUGUACUGUAGACUAACUACACCUUUGUACCAUAAUUGUGAAAUGUGAUCUUGUGCUGUGUUAAGAGGUGUAUCAUGUAAAUGUGUUCAGUGUGUGGUGCAGUGCCAAAGACCAGACAUGGACAUCCAAAUGUCAUACAGCUCCAGAGGUU